UCUUUAAAUUAUUCAUAUUCAAUGGGAAGUUCAUGCAUCGCACGAAAAUUCCCGAACCACUUCCGAAAAAUGUUGUUAGUCCGAACAUGUGUUAGCUAGCAAGGAGCUAACGCUAAUGCUAUCGUUUUUUACUAACGUUAAUAUUAACUUACGUUACGUCAACGUGAGGCGAAUCUAUCUGGAUCUACAACUGUAACCGGAACAACAACAAACCGCUUUUAACCCUACGCCUUUCGACAGUUUAAUGAAUAAUUACGUUACUAUAACCGUUUGAUUUUAGUGCUGUAUUUUAAACGUUAAAUGACCGUCAACCGUUUCCACAGAGAAGGGGAAACAAUGACUGAAGUCGUUAAGAAGAUGGCCCGCGAUGAGCACGCAGGACCGGACCCCGCGGCAACAAAGCUGAAAAGUUUGAUUGGCAAAACUCGCCAUGCUGCCACUAAAGGGCAUCGAUCUGUGGAUCACUCGUCCUCCCGAGUCCAGCUUUGCUUCUCUGAUGGAGAAGAUAAUCCAGAGAAGGAGAACCAGUCCAAAAGACACAAUUACCGAAAUACGCCCUUGAUUGAGUCCAGCGAUGAUGAUUUUGAAAAACUUCUUGUGGCUACACCGAAAUCUAAACCCGCCUCACUUAAGCCACGGAGUGUUGCAAAGAAAGAUCGGUCAAAUGUUGUGGUGGUGAGCUCGGACGAUGAGGACGGUUUUGAGACGUUUCUGCAACGAGUGAAAACCCCAAAUGUCAAGCCUAAGAAAAUAUCAGAAAGUGGGAGUGACGAUAGCCUCAAAAACUUCAUUGUGGGUGACCUCUCCUCAGAUGAUGACUUUAUUAUGACCAAAUCAACUUUUAAAGUGCCUAAGAAGAGGAAUACUCCAGCAGCACAGCAUCCACCGAGGAGACCACUGUCUCUGUGUGACUCCCCAGUCUUUGUUAGUGACAGUGAAGAUGAGGGUGACGAUAAUGUUGUGGUCAAGAGCACUUGGAGGACUCGCCAUUUCAAACCUAAAACCCCGGCAAAGUUCAGCAAGGAGAGCGUUGUGCCGUGUGAGGAUCGGGACAGCCCGCCGUCGCUGCCCUUCCGUUCCGUCUGUUCUCCUUUUUCUUUUCUUCCCGACAAAACUACGACGCCAAUGGCCUCCCCAAAACGCACCCUUUCUGCACCGUCUAAGCUGAAGGAAUCGGACAGUUCCGAGGAGGAGUUCACGUCCCUCCUGGAGAGGCUGAAAAAUAAAAACAAGCUGGCUGGCAUCACAUUCUCACCUAAGAGCACCCUUGUUCCUCCCGUAAAGGCCCCUGUAGCACCGGCCCCGAAAUCAAUUCGGGAAACGCCUCUGAGUGUGAAGACACCCGGAAAGUCCAUCAUCCCGAAGCCCACAGUCAGUCAGACGGAGCCCAGACACGGCCCCACCAGCAGGGUGGCACUGUGUAAGACCCCCGGGUGCUUCUUGCAGUCACUGACACACCCUGGCUCCAGCUACGGCCGCAAUUUCAAGCAGAACAAAGAAGAACUCGCCAGUAGAUUGUUCCGCCUGUACAACACCAGUGUGUUUGACAGUAAGCUCCCCGUUGACAUGUCAGUGACUUGGAAUAAGAAGAUGAGGAAAACAGCCGGUUACUGUAUCACGGGUCAGGAGCGAGGGGGGGGGAACCGCUACGCCCGCAUUGAACUGUCAGAGAAAGUCUGUGAUUCUGCAGACCGUCUAAGGGACACCCUGAUUCACGAGAUGUGUCACGCCGCGACCUGGCUGAUUAACGGCGUCCGGGACGGCCACGGGAACUUCUGGAAGCUGUACGCCCGCAAGUCCACCCUGGCGCAUCCCGAGCUGCCCAUGGUCACCCGUUGCCACAGUUACGACAUCAAAUACAAAUUCCAGUACCAGUGCUCCCGCUGCCAGAACACGAUCGGGCGUCAUUCCAAGUCGCUGGACACGCAGAAGUUUGUUUGUGCCCUCUGCAAAGGGCCUCUUGUGUUGCUGACGUCUGCCAAGCCUCGUGCGCCCACACCUUUUGCCAACUUUGUCAAAGAGAAUUACGGGACUGUUCGACAGGAGCUGUCCGGGCAGAGCCACGGGGACGUGAUGCGGAAACUUAGCGUAGACUUCGCCUCCAAGACUAAACUAAGUCAGAGCUGAGCGCGCGAUUCUCUCGGGACUCGCAGGUGUUCAAACCUGCUGAAAUUCAGAAACACCUCUAUGAACUAAUGUAUAAGUGAGCAGCUGGGAUUCAUUCAGCUCCCUUUUUGUAUUUCUGUGAUUAUCACCAUGUGGAAUAGACUGGAUCUACUGAGGAAAUUUGAGCCUUAAUAUGGAGU